AGUCAUAUGAGCGACGUGUUGUUCAUUGUAGAUAAAAUGUAAACGGCAUGUGAGUCGAAGAACUAGCUUUUGUUUCCUCCUCGACGGAGAUCGCUCUCCCUGCUGAAAACCCAAAAGCAACAGAGAUCCCUUACCAAUUUCAACAGGCGCAUUGUACAAAAUGGAUUCGUCGCAGAAUACAGUGUUGGGGAGUGGAGGUAAUGGAAUGUUGGCCACUCCAUUGAAUGAUACAGAAGCAGCAGUGGAUGAUCCGAAGCAGAAUUUGAACCAAGUUAUUGAUUCCAUACAGAAGACUCUUGGUCAACUCCAUCAGCUUUACCUAACAGUCUCUUCGUUCAACACUGCUUCACAGCUUCCUCUUCUACAGAGACUCAAUGGUCUUGUUACCGAGCUGGACAAUAUGGCUAAAUUGUCUGAAAGGUGCAACAUUCAGGUUCCUAUGGAGGUCUUGAAUUUGAUUGAUGAUGGGAAGAAUCCAGAUGAAUUCACAAGGGGUGUUAUGAACAGCUGCAUCGCAAAAAAUCAAGUUACCAAAGGCAAAACUGAUGCCUUCAAGAGUUUACGCAAGCAUCUACUGGAGGAACUUGAACAGACUUUUCCAGAUGAAGUUGAAUCAUACAGGGAGAUACGUGCAAUGUCUGCUGCUGAAGCAAAACGGCUUGCUCAAUCACAAAGCUCAUUACCCAACGGAGAUGUGAAGGUAAAACCAGAGCAUUAAGGGGCCAUACCACUGUGAAUCAGCGUUCCAACGAUCAUGACAAGAGUUCCCACCACUGUGAACUGCAUCCUGACUCGUCAAGAAAGCAAUUAGACUGAAAACUUUGCCAGUCAGAUGAUGUCAUUGAGUCGACUGCAUCUUCGGUCUGGUUCAAAAUGUCUAUUUUUUUCCCCUCGUGCGCUCAAUAUUUCUACUGUUAUUGUCACUUGAAGUCUUGUCUUCUUUACGGUCAUUACCUUCCUGUUGAAAGCUGGGUUUCCUUUUUGAUUCUGAGUCAGUACCCUUAUCCUCAAAUCUGCCAUCAUGGCUGCUUUCAGAUUUGUGUCUAAAAUUGCUGUUCCCAUGUUGCUUUACGCAUUGGUUUUUCAGUUUCUAAACUGUUGAAAAUUGAAGCUCUUUUUAGAUUCAGCAUGCAUGCCAGACAGUUUAGUUCAGUGAGAAGGGUACCUUUACACUUAAAAAACUGCUUAUAGUCCACAAAAAAAAAAAAAAGGUACCUGGAUGAGCAAUGACUGGUUUUCUCUUUUCAAGGACUCAAAUCUAGAAGCUAGAGCUUCAUAAUUUUCUUUCAGUGAACUAUACUCUUUCUCAAUCUGCUUAGUCUUCAGUCUAGCUAUCCUGUUCUGGAACCAUAUUGCAACCUGACAAGGCUCAAGUCCAAUUUCAUUAGCCAGCUGUUGUUUUAUCUCCGACUCUGGUCUUGAUUCUGACUCGAAAAAUAGUUUCCAGGAACUUUAUUUGUUCAUUGCUGAACCUUCUCUUGUUUACGUUCUUUUGAACACUUGAUAAAGAAUGCAUGCCUCGAUCUGUUGCCUGAUAA